UGUUGCAAUAUUGUUUCUGAACAUCACAGAUCUGUUCAAAUAACUUCAUGGAUACAAACACGGAAAUAGAAGUUUCCCCUUUGUGAACCCGAUGACAACUGUUGGCUUAACAGGAGCUUUCAGCCUCAGCUCAUUUAUGCUCCCAAAGAUUUUAUACAUGAAUGCAAAACAGACAUGGGUGCUAUAGAUUAAAAAAAAAAAAAAGUGGAGCGAAAAUGGCAUAUUUUUGCAUAUUUACAUUAAAAGCUAAAACAAAGCGUCGGCCCACGUGGAAAAAAAAGGUCAUUUUCAUUUCCAUGGGCUCAUAUAUUUGUUCAUUCAGAGUCCGUGUGAGUGGCGUUUGUAAAUAUCCUCCCGGAAGUUGCGUUGCACUCCAAACUAUCCCGAUUUUGUUCACGUAUCCUGUCGCAUCACAUCACUCCACUUUCCUUGGAAAAAUUACCCAUCACCAUGUAUCACCCGAGGGUGGCUGCAUUAGUCCUCCUGCUUUCUAUCUUGCUCCGUUGCAUCGCCGCGGCACCGAGCAACAGACCCUCAAGUUCCAGCUCGUUCAGCGACGAGGAGAGCGCUCUGUCAGACGGCCAAGAAUGGUCCUUGCCCAUGUUCCCCUUCUCCAACCCUUUCCUCGGCCUCAUGGCCACACGAUCCCAACGAGGAGACACGAACAGUCACUCCAUCCAGAAGAGAAAGUGCAACACGGCCACCUGCGUCACCCAAAGGCUAGCCGACUUCCUCGUGCGUUCCAGUAACACCAUCGGUACCGUGUACGCGCCAACCAACGUGGGCUCUGCCACCUACGGCAAGAGGGGCUUACUUCUACCUCCCAACUACUACCUUCCCCUCUAGUACAUGUAACCAAUCAUACAGUACAUGAUAACAUUCCAAUAUUUAUGAAUGUGUUCCUGUUGACUAUCAACUUUAACCUUCAGUAUCUUGUGCUAAAUGUGCUCUUCUGCAGUGGCGUGAUAUGAUUAUGAGAACAAACAAUGCUAGAAAUAAAAAGAA